GCCUGGUUUGUAAAGGGAAGUUCUUGCCACCCAUUUCCUCCACAGCCCAACUGACUGCCUUUCACUACAAAUCUUUUUUUGGUUCUGGGAUUUUGCGAACUAAAAAUGGGUCAGAAUGAUGACCGCCCCAAAACCAGAAUCAGAACGAGGCACAUUUUACAGUCCUGUAACAUCUGCUGCUCAUGAAGUGAACUCUACGUCUGUGUCUGGAGAUAUAUAUAUAUAUUAUAUACACACAUAUAUCUAUGUAUGAGGAGUGGGGUGAUGAUACACAGUGUUUUGGAAAAGUUUGGUAACUAAGUUUUGCCAUCAGUUCCUUCUUUCAAUUCUGAAAAUGCAGCCAUGCAUCUAAAUAUAACCUGCUCCAUUUCCAAGCACUGUUUCAUUCAUUCAUUCAUCUUGAUGACGCGAAAUUGCCGCAAUUAGCCUCCUUAUAUCUGUCCUAUCUCUUCCUGCUGGAGGAAAUGCAGACCACCAACGCAACAAAGGAGCAGCCAUAAAUUCACACUCAGCAAUCUUAGUCUAUUAGUUCCUCUCAAAAGAUAAAAAGACAGUUUUAUUUGCAUCAGAUUGAAAUGCCUUCAUCGCAGAGAGCUAAAGAUGGAGUAAAUAAGGACGCAAUCACUUCUUGUUUGCUGUCAUAGCAAAAUAAACAGCAAUGGGGUGGUUUCUUGUGUUUUAUUCCAUUUAUACAAUGGCAUAUAAGAAUGAUGUCAUACUUUUUAUCCAUUUAUAAUUGCAUUUAAUAGUGGAGUCAGUUCCUGUUCUCACUUACGUUACAGAAGCUAUAAACAGUCGUUCCCUUAAGAUUUGGCUGUAAGUGGAGGUGUUCCAACUUUGUUAGAUAUUACAGACACAGACAUGGUGUGUGUAUGUUCAGUCCUUUAGCAAGUAUUAGUUGCAGGGGUGCAUGAUUUUGAAAGAAAUAAUCAUUCUGAAAGCUGAAAUAAAAACUUGCAUUGCUCAAGAAAUAGGAUUUUUUGUGUGUUUGGAGGGAAGAAAUUGUUAAAGGCCAGUAAACAGCGCCCCCAAGCUGCAGAUAUAAUGCACUGCGUGUGUUAUUCAGUGAAGAAUGGCAACAAUUCUGGACUGAAGUGUAAAGUAUAUUUACAUACAUGCGAUUGCAAAGGAACAAUUGUAACACUUAUGAUAUAAAAUCUUUAUGCUUGGCACACACAGGGCUGCAGAUUGGCCUAGCUAAGCUCCUAAAAGCCAGCAGAACCAGCUGUAAAGAUUUCUUUUCUCCUUCCGCUUGUCCUUUCAGGGAGUGUUUUUCAGUCCCUCUCCCUGCACACACACACACACACACACACACACACACACAUGGAGGACACACACUGCUUUCCUGACUCUCAUUUCUCAUUGAUUAGUAGCGGGAUGAAGGCUGUAAAGCUCGGUUGCUUGGCAACGCCGUGAUUUUUUUACAUGGAUGAUUUGUAAAGUUUACAGCUCAUACUGACGGCGAGAAACUGCGACUUUUACUCAAGCCGCUUUUACUCUUUUAUUUCCGGAGAGUUAGUGAUUUAAUAUCGUUUCCUCCUCAUAGUGCAGGUCGUGUACGAGUUAUCUGGUGCUGGCGGUGAACAUGAAACCAGAAGAGAUGUUAGAGAUGGAGACGCGACUGCAGCAGGAGGGUCUGUGUUCGGAGGUCUCGUCUGACUCGGAGCGACUGGACCGUCUGUGGCGUCUCUUUGUCAAGAAGGAGAACAGUGUGAGGAUGCUCACGCGGGAACUUGAGGAACUGCGAGCUAAACACGCCGCUGAAAUCGACAUGGUUCAGCUGUACAUCCAGAACAUCCGAAGUCUCUCCAAGACACGGGACUCGAUGGCACUGGAGCUCGAGCGGGAAAACGAAACGCUUCAUUCCAACCUGACGGAGCUCAAUCUGCAGCAAGAGGCUCAGAAGAGUGAGAUAGCGGAGAUGUUGGUGCAGGAGGGCCUGGCUGAGAUCAUGACCAGCAGCCUGAGCGAGCAGGUGGCGUACCUCCUCGCAGACCGAGCUGCUCUCAUGGAAAAGAUUCAAGCCCUGGAAGAUGGGGACUCGAAGACCCUAAACGUAAAGUGCACUCAGAGACAAAGAGCUCCUGAUGAAAAUGUGGCACCACUGCAAGCUCAGAGCCCUUGGAAGAGGUUGCUUGGUUUCAGGAAGGCUGCACAGGCCAAGCAGGGGUUUACACAUAAUGAUAACCAAGCCAAUGAGGACAAUACGUCUAAAGCCAGAGAGCGGAGUUUGCUGGAGAGGGACCUGGACGAGGCCUCCACCAGGCUGAACCUGGCUCACAAGGAGAUCCGGCGCCUCACUGAUGAGCUCGAGUCGGCUCACCUGACCAAGCGUACCUACGAGUCAGAGCUCCAUGGCGCGCAGGUGGAAGCUGAGCAGCUUAGGCGUGAGGUGGAGAAGCUGAAACGCUGUGAUUUGGCUGAGGUUCAGGCGAUAAAGGAGAUGAAGGAGGUCCUGGAUGCGGAGGUCCGUCAUCUGAGGGACAGUGUUCACACCAUGCAUGCAGAACGUGCACAACUCCUAGAGCUGAUUGAUAGAAACUUUAAGGAGUUGGACAGUGAGGAUGAGGACUUUAUCCGUGCUUUGACCCGGAAACUGACGCCGACCCGUCGCACUCGCAAGAAACAAAAGGACGCCCAUAAAAGGUGCCCAGAGGAGCUAGACGAAGGGCUCAGCAGCCUGCAGGAGCUAAAUCAGGUUGUCGUGAAGCUCCAGGCCGAUCUCGAGCAGGAGACGGAGCUGAGAAAUAAGGUCGAGGAGGAGGAGUGCAAUGAUGAGAGGAGGAGGAAGGAGGCAGAACAGCAGACUCUGGAGCAUCAGGACAAAGACCACAACGCCAAAGUGCAGCAUCUUCAGCAAAAGCUGGUGGCUCUACACGCACAACUGGAACAGCUAAAAUCUGUACUCACUGAGGAGCAGCGACGGGACCUGGCCAUGAAGGUGCAGAAUAACACGCAGAGCGCCCAGGACGUCCUCAAGACCACGCUCCAGGAGCAAGAGAACCUGAAGCUCAGACAGGACGCUGAGAGGCUGGAGGAGUUCUGUGAGAGACUCCAGACUGAGCUGCAGCAGGUCCACUGUAACCUUCAUGUACACGUCAGAAAAUAUGAUGAGCUGAAGGUGCGCCACCGAGAAAAACUUGCAGAAGCUAAACAGGUGUAUCUCCGAGAGAUGACGUGGCGUGAUCAGAAGAUGAAGGAGCAGGAGAGAGAGCUGGACAUCCUCACAAAGCGACUUAAGAAGGAGAGUGAGAUGGUGAAAAUGGUGACGGCUGAGAACGAAGCUCUGCUUCAGACCAAGAAGACGCUGCUGUGUCAGCUGAACGAAGCAGAAGAGAACCGAAAAAACGCAGCAGCCAAAAUCUCUGCUCUGCAGCGAAGGGUCGAUUUCCUGGAGAAGGACAGCAUGCAGCAGUGGGAGAUGAACAUGGAGAAGUCCACGCAGAUCGCCAAGCUCGAGAGACGGCUGUGGGACGUGGAAUCUCUAAAAAGCACUCGGGUAGACAUUCGAAUGGCGCUAAUAGGAGAAACUGUAGAAGGUUUUCACGUCAUACACUACCUGCAGAAACAUGAUGGGAGUCGCAUCCUGGAGGACAGAAAGGAAGCAGGUUUGAGUGAAAGUGGAUUUGAAACGUCCAUCAUCUCAAAGACGAGAGACGAACUUGCGGAGAAACUCGGACUCUCUGCGUCUCCGAGUUCGAGCAGUGGUUCAGAGAUGGGCUACAUGAACAUCUUUACACACAACCUGGCGUGACGCAAAGGCGGCGUUAACGCCACAAGGCCUCAAAGUGCUGCAACAACGGUCUUUGGAUGUCCCUACUAUUUCCUCACCCCACUCUCUCUAAAACUCCAUGCUGAGGUAGAGAGAGUGAGCGAUAGUGCGAAUAAAAAAAACGACUAAAACGACAACUCCU